AGCCUAGGCCGCUGCGCAGAGGCGCGGCGGCUGGACAGUUGGGCGGUUGUCAGCAUGCCGGUCGUCCGGAAGAUUUUCCGUCGCCGCCGGGGCGACUCGGAGUCAGAGGAAGAUGAGCAGGACUCAGAGGAGGUUCGAUUAAAACUGGAAGAGACCAGAGAGGUACAGAACUUGAGGAAGAGGCCCAACGGGGUGAGUGCUGUGGCCCUGCUGGUGGGAGAGAAGGUACAAGAGGAGACAACUCUAGUGGAUGAUCCCUUUCAGAUGAAGACAGGUGGUAUGGUGGAUAUGAAGAAACUGAAGGAAAGGGGCAAAGAUAAGAUCAGUGAAGAGGAGGACCUGCACCUGGGGACAUCGUUUUCUGCAGAAACCAACAGACGGGAUGAGGAUGCAGACAUGAUGAAGUACAUUGAGACAGAGCUGAAGAAGAGGAAAGGGAUCGUGGAACAUGAGGAACAGAAGGUUAAGCCAAAGAAUGCAGAGGAUUGUCUUUAUGAACUUCCCGAAAACAUCCGUGUUUCCUCAGCAAAGAAGACGGAGGAAAUGCUUUCCAACCAGAUGCUGAGUGGCAUUCCUGAGGUGGACCUGGGCAUCGAUGCUAAAAUUAAAAAUAUAAUUUCCACGGAGGAUGCCAAGGCCCGUCUGCUGGCAGAGCAGCAGAACAAGAAGAAAGACAGCGAGACCUCCUUCGUGCCUACCAACAUGGCCGUGAAUUACGUGCAGCACAACAGAUUUUAUCAUGAAGAGCUCAACGCACCCAUCCGGAGAAACAAAGAAGAGCCCAAGGCCCGGCCCUUGAGAGUAGGCGACACGGAGAAGCCAGAGCCUGAGCGGUCCCCUCCUAACCGCAAGCGUCCUGCUAACGAGAAGGCAACUGAUGACUAUCAUUAUGAGAAGUUCAAGAAAAUGAAUAGGCGGUACUGAGCUGUGCAGAGUGGGAUGUAAAUAGCGCCUUCCUCUCCCUAUAUCCCUCCCAUGAAACAUGGCUUCCUGGCCAGGCAUGGUGGCUCAGGCCUGUAAUCCCAGCACUUUGGGAGGCCGAGGUGGGCGGGUCACCUGAGGUCGGGAGUUUGAGACCAGCCUGACAAACAUGGAGAAACCCUGUCUCUACUAAAAACACAAAAAAGUUAGCCGGGCGUGGUGGCACAUGCCUGUAAUCCCAGCUACUCGGGAAGCUGAGGCAGGAGAAUCAAUUGAACCCGAGAGGCAGAGGUUGCGGUGAGCUGAGAUUGCACCAUUGCACUCUAGCCUGGGCAACAAGAGCAAAACUGUCUCAAAAAAAAGAGAAAAAUGGCUUCCUGGACAGAGCAUGCUCAUGUGCUAGCGAACAGUUCCAGAAACGGACCCUAUUAGUCCUUCUGCUUACCUGCUGGAUUUUUCAGGCACUAAAUUUAUAACUUUUUGAAACAAAACAAUGUGUAAUUUUCCAUUUGGGGGCAAACUGUAUUCUUGAGCAUUAUUAAAUCUUGUUUGUAAAUAUAUUGUCUUUCUCUUAAUAUUUGUUCUGGGUCAGGAAGAAACUUCACGGUGUGAUAAUACCCUUUAGAUUGUGCUUUCAUUAUAGAUGCAUCGUGUCUUCUGCUUUCACAUAUCUGGGAUGGGGUCAGACAUGCAUCCUCCAUUGAUUAGAGUGGGUCCAACUGACAGAAAAAUCUAGAAUGAGAUCAGAAGGAUACUAGUGUUUUCUGACUUUUACAAAAUUACUUGUUUGUUUUCAUUAAAAAAGAAAAAGCAUAAACUAUGUUUCUUAUUACUAUUAGAAUUGAAUUAUUAAAUUUCAAAAUGAAUC